AUGACAUUUAUUUCUGGUUUACCAUUUGCUUUAAAUAUGUUCAAUAAUUGUUAUUUAGAAUGUCAAGAUGAAAAUUUCAAUGAACAUGAAUAUCAUGAAUAUUCUCCACACAUCUAUGAGAUAGCAAAGAAGACUGCUGUUAAAAGAAAAAUAAUGAAAGAAUUAGAAGAUUGGUUAGUUUCUCAUGAUUAUAUGAUGAAUUGUUAUGAAAAAGACCACGAAGGUUGGCAUCGAUUUCCACUUAGACGUCGAUCAACACCCGAAGACAUGGAAUACAUGGAUCAAAUAACCAAUUCUUCAUUUUUAGAUGAUGUAUUUAAAGAAAAUAAGGAUAACUUUUUUGUUGAUGAUUGGAGAGAUCUCAUUUCUGUAAAAUCAGUACCCUGUUCUAGAAAUGGACGUUGUGUGUAUGUUGAAAGUUUUGGAAAAUCUGCUGAAAGGCUUAAUGAUGUAGAUCCUCAAUAUUUUUACAUAAAAACAUUGGAGAAUAUUUCAGAGGGUAGAUGCUAUACUUUUUUCAAUAGUCGAAAACCUCCUGUAUUACAAUUUCUUUGA